GGCGCCGGCCGCCGCCGGACCGGCGUGAGGCCGCCUCGUUCCGCGGCCGCCCGCGUGGCGUGCUCACAUUCCAGCAGAUCAAGGAGGAGCGCGAGCGGCAGCGGCGCCGCGAGCAGGAGCGCGAGGAGCGCGAGGCCGAGCGGCGUCGGCGUGAGGAGAUCGCGCGCGCCCGCGAGCAGGAUCGCCGCAACCGAGACGAGGCGUUGAAGCUGGAGAGGGAGCGCGAGCGGUUGCGGCUGGAGCGCGAGCGGAUCGAGCGCGACAAGGCCGAACUGCUGCGGCUCGAGCGCGAGCGGCAGCGCGCCGAGCGCGAGAAGCUGGAGCGCGAGCGCGAGGAGCUGCGCCGCGCCGCCAUGCGCAUCCAGGACGCCAAGCGCAGCAUCAAGCGGCCGGCCGAGGAGCCGGCGUACCCGGAGCGCAAGCGCGCGGCGCCGGCCGUGGCGCCGGCCAGCGCCGUGCGCACCAGCAGCUCGCACUACGACGACCGGCGGUACCCGGCGUCGAGCCGCGACUCGGUGCGCAGCGCGGCCAGCAGCAGCGGGCGCGACUACGGCCGCGGCGAGGACCGGCGCGUCAGCGAGCGCUCCGAGCGGUACGAGGCGGCGCCGCGGCGCGAUGAAUACCGGCGCGAGUACCGCGAGCCCGGCCGCUCCUCCCGCGACGUGUACGACUCAAAAGGCGGCGGGUCCGGUCGACAAUACACGGACCGCUCAGGCGGCACCUGGCACAGUGGCGGCUCCUCGCGGCCCUUGGGAAACGGACAGGCGGCCCCUCAGAGAGACCAUCAGGCUUGGGGGGCCGCUAUGGACCGCAAAACGGACUCGAGCCAGCAGUGGGGGCGCGGCGGCGCUUCUAGCGAGUCGUCCUCAAGGUGGGGCAGCAGCGGCGUGAUGCGCCAGCCGGCCGUCAGCAGCCUACCGGCGGGCGGCCUCAGCGGCUUCCUCAGUCCCGCCGCGCUCGGCGUCGGCGGCCUCAUGAGCCCCGGCGUAUUCGGCUCCGUGCCGCCCGAGCGCUUCGACGCCUACAAGAUGCACAGCAGUCUGCCUCGCCGCUACUGAGCGCCGCCGCAUUAGAGGAGCCCACGCCAGCCGUGGCGACGGCGGCACGGCCGGCGGAGGGCGUCCCUAACGGGCGACCGGCGGCACGUCUGUAACAUUUCAUUGUCGGCCGCGCGUGCGGCACAUCGCCAGGAGCCGUGUAGUACUAUCCCGCCGAGCCCUGGCGACCGGCGCCGGGCAGUGUGAGUGGGACGUGCACCGGCCCUGGGACGUCAGUGCAAGGUGUAGUCCGGCUGGCGGCAGCGCGCAAGCUCGGCUCCUCCGUUGGGAGAGUGGUUUAAGCCGUGGACCCUGUCUGUGUGCUCCUGGGAUGUCAGUGUGUGUUGUUCGUUACGGCGCGAGAUCAUAAUCGCUUCAAUACACGUUUUGGAUCCACUCGAUGCCAGCACGCAGUAUCAGUGAGAUGAGCUUCGGCCGGACCCAACCCCGGCACGGCAUGUAAUGAGGCUCGAAUUCGGCGGAUAUGCGGCAUAGGUGAAAGGGUGAAUAAACUGCGUCAUAUAUCGAACAUUUGGACACACAGAUGUCCUGCUCAGAAGCGCGUGUGAACCUGCUAUGAGUGUUAUCCUCGGUCUCGCUAAGGUAUCUUCGCUCUCGUCCAGGUGGGGCGGACAUCCCCGGUAUCGAAGUUGAAUUCGAAAUAAAAGGAAUAGAUUAGUCA